AUGUUCGACUACUGGAAAUUCUUCAGCGAGCCAGACGCGAACGAGGUCAUCCAGACACACAUCGACUCGUUCGUCGGUGUCAUGUUUUUGCACGACCCCACAAUCUGGAAGGACCGCCAGGCCCUGACGGGCGCGCCCGAGCAGAGCUUGCUCGACAACUUCGUCUUGCUCCGCCCAGCUUAA